UUCAUGGCUAAGUGGCCUCCGAACACCAUCACUUCAUCCUCAAACAAAGCACUUCAACUCAAGUAAAGGUUUCCAGCGUCCACCUUCCAGAAAAAAGAAUCGACCAUGAUCAGCACCAAGAGGAUUGCUCAACUAGCAAAGAAGUGGAGAAGGAUGGCAGCCCUGGGAAGAAAGCGGCUUACAGUGAUCGCAACACAGGAAGCUGAAGGAUGCUCAACGACAGCAGCAAGCAAAGGCCACUGCAUCAUAUACACUGCAGAUGGCAUGCGGUUUGAGGUGCCAUUGCAGUACCUUGGCACGAUUGUCUUCAGUGAGCUCCUGAGGAUGUCACAGGAGGAGUUUGGCUUCACAGGUGAUGGCAAGAUUACACUACCAUGUGAUGCCAUAGUGAUGGAGUAUGUGAUGUGCUUGCUUAGAAGAAAUGCUUCAGUAGAUGUUGAGAAGGCAUUCUUGAGCUCCAUGGCGAUUUCAUGCCACUAUGCAAACAGUGUAGCAGCACCUAUGGAACUUGCCAUGCGAGUUGCUGUUUGAAGCUCCUAGUAUUUUCACUUGUUAAGCACUCUUUCAUGUAAGUAGUUCUAGAUAGAAGGAAAAGCAAAUCUGUACUUAUACAUUCUCUCAUAUGAUAAAAUUUGGCAUCCAUUUCUGCCACUUUGAGAACAUUGGUAUCUGAAUCU